UUUUCCAAACCCUUUGCGUGUGACGUCACGCUCCUCUCCGCCAUGAUGGACAUCACCAAAACAACACAAAACCACGCGGUAAACUCCUGUACAGUAAAACGACAGAGAGUUGGUAGUUUGAAAACGCUUUUAUUGAGCUGAUAAAUCUGUAACAUGGUGUUCAGCUGCUGCGCGUUCGGCUGCAGAAACAGAAAAGGAAGUAAAGCCAACCUGUCGUUUUACCGCUUACCUGUGGAGGAGGCCCGGAGGCAGCGGUGGAUCAGAGCCAUCAACCGGAGGGCCUGGCAGCCCUCGGUGUGUUCACGGGUCUGCAGUGAUCACUUUUUACAGGGCCAACCCGCCAAGCUCUACGAUGACACGAACCCGGACUGGGUGCCGUCGGUUAACCUGGGCUACAAGAGGAGAACUGCUGCUAGCCCCGCCCACAAACCCAAGUAUCAGAAGAGGAGGAAGCUUCUGAAGGAGGACGAGUCCGACGAAGACGUGAAGUCGGUUCAGACCGAGCUGAAGUCGGAGGCCAUCAGAGAGAUGGAGGUGGAGACGGACAGACUGACGGAGGACAUCUCCUUGUUAAAGGACGACAUCGCCGCUCUGACGUUAAACGAGGCUUUCUUCCAGGAAGACAAUUACCGCGUGGCGUUCUACACCGGACUGCCGAGCUUCCUGGUCCUGACCCACGUGGUCUCCUUCGUGUCCCCCUUCCUGGAGGCCACAGGUGGUCUCAGCGCGUUUCAGCAGGUGGUCGCCACCUUGAUGAGGUGUCGUCUGAGCUUGGAGGAGCAGGACCUGGCCUAUCGGUUUUGUGUCUCCGCCCCCACCAUGGCGGCGUGCUUCAGGACGGUGGUGGAGGUUCUGCACGCCCGGAUCGGGUCUCUGGUCCAGUGGCCAUCCCGGGCCGAGCUGUUGAGGAGCGCUCCGGUGUGUUUUCAGGAAGCCUUUUCUGGGAAGGCGGCAGUGAUCCUGGACUGUGUGGAGGUUCUGAUCCACAGACCCGGGAACGUGAUGGCCCGGCUUCAGACCUGGAGCCCACAGAAACACCAGCACACCGUCAAAGUCCUGACCGCAGCCUCGCCACGCGGACUCAUUCUGUUCCUGUCCCCCGCCUGGCGAGGCUGCGUCAGCGACAGCUACCUGGCUGAAAACUGUGGCGUCACUGACAACCUCCUCCCUGGAGACGUGGUUCUCACAGGAACUGGACUGGACCCUGCAGGUUCUGUUGGGCUGCUCCGCACAGAGCUGACUCCUCAGGGGACAAAGCAGCUGACGGCCUCUGCAGUGUCCGACACAAGGAGGCUGUUGGACAUUUGUCUGUACCUGCAGGAGGUGACCGGACGGCUCCAGGAGGAGUACACAAUCCUGAAGGGACCCUUGGACCUGGACUUCCUGACCCGGGACGGACCUGAGAAACCGACUCUGAUUGAUAAAGUUGCAGCUGUUUGUUGUGCUCUGAUGAAUUUAUCUCCUGCAGUUGUUGUUUGAAUAAACUGAACUUUUUUGUGUG